UGUGACUAGCAGUUCCUUUCCAUUCCCUCGCACUAAAAUCUUUUGCCUGUUUAAAAACCCUAAAUUCACAAGAUUUUCGUAAGGUUUUCCACCUUCCCUCAUCUCCCUCCCUUCCUUCCAAUUCUUAAUUUUCUUUUUCCUUCCAAUUCUUCUUCUUUUUUUUCCUUCCAAUUCUUCUUCUUUUUUUUUUCUUUUGGGAAUAAUUCGAAAAUUGAUUCCAUUUUUCCAUGAUUUCAAGGUAUUGUUGAGGCUGCAUAUUUGAAUAGCACUUAGGAAAAAUAUUAAGCCGAACAUGAGCACAAUAGAAGUGAAGGGGCCUUCUCUUAGAGGGUAUCGACGAAGGAAGGCACUCCUGGAUCUCAAUGUUCCUCCCACUGAAAUCAGGGAACAGGAGGGUACUUCGCAGCAGGCUGGAUCUGAGCAACUGACUGCUCAACCCGUACAGCCUCCACCACCUGCAACUAUUGAUGUUGAAGCUAUUGAUGAUGAUGUAAUUGAAUCUUCUGCUAUAGCAUUCGCAGCGGCUAAAAACAAUUCUAGGAGAAGCCGUGGAAGGACUGUUGUUGACGUAGAUUCAGGGCGGCUUGCUCGGUCAACUAAUAAUAACCUGAACAGGUGCCGGAGACUUCCUCCGACCCCAGUAGUUAUCAAUUGUGAUUGGUAUAUCAAUUUGGAGAGUUCACCGCAGUCUAUGGUCAAGGAAAUUACAAAGCCCCAGCCACUUCCCAAGGAGCCAACCUUCAAUUGUCCGAUUUGUAUGGGUUCAUUAAAUGAGGAGAUGUCAACAAGAUGUGGGCACAUUUUCUGCAAGGCAUGCAUCAACGCUGCAAUAGCAGCCCAGGGAAAAUGCCCAACUUGCAGAAAAAGAGUGACUGUAAAGGAACUAAUUAGGGUCUUCCUUCCAUCAGCCAGCUGAAAAUGAGCUUCAUGCCCAAUUAGUGAUGAAUAAUUCAAACUGGAAUUGAAAAGGGAAAGAAGCAAUGAAUUCUGUGUAUCAGCGGAGCUAAUUUUUGGAUUUUUGGAAUCUCCAAGAUGCCCAAGCUUUAAACUAUAUUUCUGCAAACAAUCUUUUUGACAAGUUAUCUGAGCAUGCUUUUCAUUGCUUUCUUAGAUGCAUGUGAAUCUGCCAGUUGAUAACCUCAGCUUCAUUAUUAUUUGAAUUAAAUCUAAACUUGACAAACAACUUAUUUAUGUACAGUAAAAGAAGUUGACUUUAGGUUGCUUGUGGUUGUGGACUCCCCUUAUAUUGCACGUUCUGCUAAGGUUUGUGAACCGAUUGGUCUCGGUUGUCUGCCUGUUCUGCUGGUUAAGGUGAAUUGCGUUAGGCAAGUUUGGUUGGUUUGAAAGGUGGUAGCCUAAGUUCCCUAUGUUGAACUUAUAUGACCCCAUUGUGCCUUCAAAAACUAGCAAUUCAUCAGCCACAAGCAUUAAGUCAGGCUGAAUUACCUUUGUUAGCCUUUUGUUUUCCUUUUAAACAUGAGUUGGUGGUGGGGCUGUUUGUUUGAAAUCUAUUGUAUACGCAGAACUUUUUUUUAAUUGUUUGUUUACGGAUGAUCUUAAGGAAAAGAUCACUAGAAGCUUGUGAACUUCCCAUUAAUUCAAGUACAACAAAAAGCACAAACAUAGCCACUACUCAACUAGGUGGUACGAUCUUUAUUAACAUGACUACAUUUAAACCGGUGGUGGCUGUGAACUCCCGUACUGGCUGGGGUCACGGGGAUGCGUCAAUGGCAUUGCCAUUGACAUCAGCUU